UUCUUUCUUUCCCUUCUCUCUUACUUUCAGUAUUUUUAAUAUCAGCGUAUCACUGCUAAGAGUGGUUUUUGGUGUAAUGAUUUAAGGAUGAUUUAAUUCCAGUAGUCAGGAAAUCCCUAGAGAACAAAGAAAAAGCAAGCAUUUAUGAAGUGCCUACUGUGUUGCCAGGCCUUGUGCUAAGUGUUUUGCAGUUAACUUAUUUGAUCUCACAAAAAGCCUGAGUGGUAGGUGGGUGCUAUUAUGACCCUCACUUUACAUUUGAGCAAACUGAGGCAUUUGGGGAUUAAGUAAUUUGCACAGGGUCCUACAAGUAAGUGCACUAAAGUGGAUUUGAACAACAUUCUUUCUGAUGUGCCACCUUGAUGUAAGGUAGUCUUGAGUCUUGGAGAGGAGAGAUCCCCAAGGGGCCUAUUGUCUUAGUGUGAACUUGUAUGGCCAUUUCUCCUCCAAGCAUUGAAAAGGCAUGUCAUGAGAACCAUAUACCAUAAUCAGCUGACUAAAAGGGGAAGUUUCACUCGGUCAUGUGUGACUCCUGAUAGUGUUUCCCCCUUUUGCUUGGAGAAUUACUCAACUCUGACCGGAUAUCUCGAUUUCAUCUACUCACAACUGCCUGCUCUGUGCAAGGAUGUUGAGAAAGAAAAGGAAACCCACAAUUAUCUCAGCACAGAGGAAAUCAAAGAGAAGGUUCACAACUACAAUUUAACUGUUACAGACAAACUGAAGAUGACCUUGAAUUCCAAUGGGAUUUACACUGGCUUCAUCAAAGUUCAAAUGGAAUUGUGCAGACCUCUCAGUGUGUGGACUUCUCGGAACGAAGAAAAACAUGCCUUUAUUAAUAAUGGCUGCAUGAAUACACUUCACAUCAGCAGCACCAACACUGUCCGGGAAGUUAUUGAAGCCUUACUCAAAAAGUUUCUAGUGUCUGAAAGCCCAGCCAAGUUUGCACUUUAUAAACGUUGUCACAAGGAAGAUCAAGUGUACACGUGCAAGCUGUCAGACCGAGAACACCCCCUUUACCUGCGUUUGGUAGCAGGCCCAAAGACAGAAACUCUGAGUUUUGUUCUACGGGAACGUGAAACCGGAGAGUGGGAAGCCUUCAGUCUUCCUGAGCUACAGAACUUCUUGCGGAUCCUGAACAAGGAAGAAGAUGAACAGCUGCAGAACCUUAAACGGCGUUAUGCAACUUACAGACACAAACUUGAAGAAGCCCUCCAAGGAACAUGGAAGCUGGAUUAAACAUCAGCCCCAAAACACUCAGGAAUAGUGCAGGCUACUUAAAAAAAAACAAAACAAAAAUUAAAAAACCAACAAACUCAGAUGUAGCAUGCUCAGUACAAUCGACAAGGCAGCCGCAGGUGUACUCUUUUAUUAAGUGAGCUGGUUUACAGUUUUGUGAUGAGACAGGGUACCUCUCCUCAACUUUUAUUUAGUUCCAUUCAGCACCCGGCACCUAUGACCUAUUUAAGGGACCUGGAAGCUUAUUAAGUUUUAAUACCACCUCAGAAUCCUCUGUUGGUGGGUAGUAUUGCCCCUCAGCAGGCUGUGACUCUGUGGUAGAUUGCUAACAGAACUCAAGGAUGCUUUGAAAUAUGAAGGACAUGAGUGUGACUUUUCCACUUACCUUUUAAAAAUGGCUUUUAGCCUAAGAAUACAGAUUGGUUAUUUUUUUUAAACUGAAAGAAAAAUACAAUCUGAAUAGUUUUAAGCAUAUACUGUUUUUCCUGAUGUUAAACAGUUUAUAAUUUUGCAUGAAAAUAGCCAUUUAUAAUGGAAGGUAUAAGGAAGCUAGGAACUUUUGAGAAAAUUUGAAAGGUUUUCAAUGGAGUGUAGACUUAAGGAAAGAAAAAAGUAAGUUAGAAAGAAAGUAUGAGCAGAGAUGGAGAUUCUUUGGUAGCCAGCGAUGGAAUUGUGAAUAGUUUGGUUAUGAUGGGUAAGAGGGAUGUGGAAUUUGCUUGUAACUCACUUUUAAAUUAAUAGUUUUUAAAGUGUAAGAUAUUACAUAUAGGAUGACUUGAUUUCUUAGAGGAGGGGAGAUUUGGGAAAACAGGUAAUGCAAGGGAACCAAGAAAAGCCAGGUUAGUCCUGAGCUUGCUAUGAAAAUUAAGGGGAUAUCAGGUACCUUAUAAACCUGGAUAUUUGUCUAAGAAGAGCAGUAUCGCUCAGGGAACUUGGGGUGACCUACUUCUCUCCAUGAAUCCAAUAGGUGUGGAAAAUGGUGGGUCUGUUUGGUGCAAUAUCUGUAAGGAAACAGACCUAAAUCAAGAGAAGCACAGACCAGUUCCCAAGAAAUUGUGAAGACUUUGAUGAUACUCAAUGAUGUUCGCUUAGUAUUUUAGAAACUUGUGUUGCCAUUCUGUGGCUUCUUUUAUGUGAGGUUGUUUCUUAGGAAGGUCUGUCUUUGUCCUUAGCAGAAAAGACUAGAGGAAAGGACCUAUUUCACCAAGGUGCAUCUGAUUCUUGUUUUCUAGGCUAAGACUAAAGUAUUCCAAGUCCUGUGGAGCAUCCAUGAUCAUUUUUCUUCUUCCUCUCCUUUUCUCCCUCUGUUUUUCCUUUUCCUCUCUUUGGCGUCUCGAUAUUCCAAUACUGAACCAGCAUGUGUUUGUUAUGUUACCAAGUUCUCCCCUCCCCACCCAAGCCUCAGAGCAUGGAAGGAAAACGGAGGGGAAAAGUUUGUAUUUGACUGCUAAUGUAACCGGUAUUCUUACAGAGACGUUUAUUUAAACCACAGAUGCUUGUUCCAACAACCAAAGAAAGUGGAUGGGUGUGCAAUAGAAGCCUUCGUAGAACAGAACCAGAUGCAAGUAACUAGAAUAUAUGGUUUAUUCCAGUGGAAACAUGAAAAAAUAAAAUUUACUUAAGUUCAAGAGGGCCCAUGCAGCCCAUUUUUACUCUAGACAUUUAUUAUAAAUUCCCAAGGAAUUGUUAACACGUUAGUGACACCUAAUGGCUUCUUUGCGAAACUCCAAGGUGGUUCAGUCCUGUGCCUCUUAAUCUGCAACCUGUGCCUUCCUCUUCUCAUCUCUGGAUUUUCAGGCUGACUUGAUGAAGAACAAUCAUUCUGUCCUGUUUGUGGGUUAUGUAGUACUAAACAAGUGACUAAGACAAUCAUAUCUUCUGAAACUGUUAUGUUUUUUUUUUCUCCUUAAACAUAGAACGAUAUAAAAUAUGUUUUCCACACCAUGUCUGUUUAGUUUGCAUGAAACUAUGUAGUUGCAUGUAUGAGGUUUUAAGUGACAUUAUCAACAGACACUUUACUGUAAUGUUCAGGGAAUAUUGUUAUUUUCUUUUUAUUAUUCAGACCACAGCCUGGGUUUGAAUUUUCUAUUAGCAGCCACCACCUGAGUUUUGACUAACCUGUCCCUUGCAAGGAGAAGUUUUUAUUUUAUAAAGUUCCAGUUUCAAUGCUCUUAGGAUCUAUAACAGUGGUAGCUGAUGGGUAUCUGUGAAUUGCCUUUUUUUUUUUUUUUUUUUUUUACUUGAAGUAGAUUGUAAAAUAGGCAUUCUCAUUUUAUAUUAUCCAGAAACCUCAGUGGUUGUUUUAUAUGCACUACAAGUCAUGAUUUGGAAAACUUACUGUAUUGAAAUUUGUAGAUCUAGAAAGACUGAUUAUUUUUGUGUGUGUCCCUCUCCCCCAUUCCCCCCAACACUGGUUACUGCAGCAGCCUUUAAAUAUUAAAAAAAAAAAAAAAAGAAAAAAGAAAGAAAAGAAAGAGAAUGUUUUUUAAAAGGUCUAGCCAAAGAAAUGUUUGAAUUUAUUUUUUAUCGAUUGUUAUAUUAAAUGGCCUAAGUUUUGCUGUAGUGUUGUUAAUAUUCAUGUAUGAUGGUACAGGAAAGAGGUUGAAAUGAGGUGGUGGGUAACGCAGGGAAGCAUUUUAAAUUGUAAAACUAAAAAAAGUUUUUUUUUUUUAAAGUUAUACUAUUUAUAAUUUUGACGUUUAAUUUUAUUUUUAUAGGGAAACUUCUUUCCCCUUAAAAUUGUUUCUGAAAUGGCAAAUUGUGGUUCCAUUUUAAUAUUAAAGUUGCAGUUGUUGUUUGUU